AACAUUACUGGGAGAAAAUUAGUAUGUUAUGGUGUUAGUAGUAACAUUUUGGAUACAAGCACAGUUCCACAAAGUAGAAGAGGACUGAGAAAACAGAAUUCACGUUCCCCGGAGAAGCAGCGAUGGAGGAGCAGCGGGAUCUGAACAGUACGGAUAGCAGCGAGGGAGAAUGCGUCUUUCCUUCUCACAGCCUACCCUCGCCGCUGAUACUGCCUCUGCAGGUCGCCCAGCAGGCCCACAGAACGACCAACUUUUUCAUCGACACCAUUCUAGGACCGGACUUCGGCAGUAAGAAGGAGCACUGCUUUGUCUCACGGGAGAGGGCGCACACCUCCAGCCGGGACCGCAGCAGACAAAGCAUACCAUGUCAGGACUCUAACUGCAGCACUGACAGCACUUCGUCUUCCACCUCCUCGACUCCUUUGGUGAGUCCCCAAAAGAACAUUGGCAUUGACGAAGGAGACGCGGCCGCCUCCACUGGGAACAGCAGUGUGAAAUCCGAGGAGAGGAAUGGCGGAGGGGACGGAAAGAACACCUCCUCCUCGCUUGUGUUGCUGAAUGGUACCGGGGCGCCCACACCUGAGACCCAGCCGCUGCUCUGGCCUGCCUGGGUCUACUGCACCCGAUACUCGGAUAGGCCCUCAUCUGGCCCAAGGACACGUAAACUGAAAAAGUCGAAAAGCGGCAAAGAGGACAAGCGGCCGCGCACGGCCUUCACGACCGAGCAGCUCCAGAGACUGAAGACUGAGUUCCAGGUGAACCGCUAUAUUACGGAGCAGCGUCGGCAGUCUUUGGCCCAGGAGCUCAACCUCAACGAGUCCCAAAUCAAAAUAUGGUUUCAGAACAAGCGCGCCAAGAUUAAAAAGGCCAGCGGCUUCAAGAACGGGCUUGCACUGCAGCUGAUGGCGCAGGGACUGUACAACCAUUCCACCACCACCGUACAGGAAGACAAGGAGGACAGCGACUGAGAUGUCUGGUCCUUUACGCUCUCCUUCACACACUCUGUACAUUGUAAAUACAUAGUAUCUUAUUUAAUGAUGCAGAUGGGGGUACGGAAAGAGUUUUCUUCACUGCAGGCUUUGU